AUGGAACCUUUAUGUGAGUUUUGUGGGGUGGUGAGGGCAGUGGUGUAUUGUAAAGCGGAUUCAGCGAAGCUAUGCCUACAUUGCGACGGUUGUGUGCACUCUGCAAAUGGCUUGUCGCGCCGGCACCAGCGAUCUUUAAUUUGCGACAACUGUAAUUCGGAGCCGGCAAUGGUCCGAUGUAUGGACGACGACAUUUGCAUAUGUCAGGCCUGUGAUUGGGGCGGAAAUGGGUGUUCCGGGCAGCUGGGCCACCGGCGCAAGAUGUUGAGUGCCUACACCGGCUGUCCUUCUCCGGCUGACUUCGCCAGGAUGUGGGCUUCGGUUCUUGAAGCUCCGAAUAAUGGUAAUUCAAAUUCAGUUCCCUGCUCGGCUGACUUGAAUAAAGGCAAUGAUGAUCAUCAAGGAUUUUCAGCUGGGCUAGUUGCCAGCAGGCUCAACGAGUUGGCUUCGUGUCUCAAGUUCGAUCCCUCUCUUAUGAUCCCGCCAUUUGGAAGAGAUCACGCCGCCGAAUCCAGCCUGCUGAAAAAUAAGGGCUGUGCCAAUGCUAAGGAUCUGGAGCUUCCUGAAGGUGAUGGCAUGGACGCCGCCGGAGACCUUUCACUGAAUUUGAAUGGCGGCUACGAGAUGUUCAACGGUCUGCAACAAGGUCAGCCAAGAUACAACGGCGAAGAUGAAGGAAUGGGUUGCCUGACGACAAUGGAGAAGAACUUCUCCGGCACUGAAUCCAGCAGCCAUGUUGUAAGUGCUCUCAUCUUCACCUUCAUUCAUUCUGCCUUAACUUCGUCUCCAGGACGGCAAGAGUGCAUUGGUUUAGAGUGGUUAGAUAUAGGAAGUUCUGGAAUUGAUUUGGUACCCAGCAACAUGAAUAACGUUGCGAUGAACUGCACGCUUAUGAAUCCUCCUCCUAGCACCUGCAACAAAAACAAUGGCGGCGGCUUAGGACUCCCAACAGGACAGCAAGCUGCACCUCAUUCCGCCGCCGCCAUAUCCAACAUCACUAACGGCGAUAGUAGCGUUGCAGAUUAUCAAGAUUGCGGAUUGUCGCCGGCGGCUCUUCUCAACGGCGGCGGCGGCGAAACCAAAUGCGAGUCCAACCUGGAAGUCAGCUGUCCACAGGCAAGGGACAUAGCCAUGAUGCGAUACCACGAGAAGAAGAAAACAAGAACGUUUGAGAAGCAAAUAAGAUAUGCAUCUCGUAAAGCCAGAGCUGACACUAGAAGACGCGUAAAAGGUAGAUUUGUUAAAGCUGGCGAAGAGUAUGAUUAUGAUCCACAAAUUACCAAGCAGGCAUGA